AGAGGAAGUUUUUAUCCAGGAAAAAAGACGUGCGCUCAGACAAGAGUGUAAAUGGCUCUUUUAUCAGUGAAGGAGUUUUAAUUUGUCCGUUUUAUUUAUAUGUUUUUUUUAUUGUUUAUUAAAUCGUGUAUUUCUGUAUAUAGCAGUCUUUUCGCCCGCAAAGUGAGUACGAGGAGUAAUUAAGCUGUCAGCCACAAUGCCUCAUGAAAAAGGUCAUCUCUCUCCUAUGACUGACGGUGGAGUUGUUUCUGUGGACCACAGAAAAGCUCUGACAAUCACACAGAGGGCAAAACUUGACAACUGUAAGAUUGGAAAUCCACUGAAAAUCCACGAGAGAAAAGUAUCCUUCGAUGAAUAUGCAGAUGCGGACAUGGCAAAACGUUGCAAAAAGCUCCACAAGAUCCAUUGGACACAGCUGGCGGCCAAUGGAGCGUCAUCCGAGUCAGACCAUCGCCAUAAUGGGAGACAAACUGAUGAACAAUACCAGAAUGUUUCAGCGAAGUUGGACAUUAAGAGUCGACAGGCGAAAGUGAUCUUGAUGGACGUUCUCCAGACAGAAGAGGGACAGAGAUACCUGAGUAGUUGUAAGAGUUGUGAGAUGCACUCGUCUCUUAAAAAGGGAUCCAGGGAGAGGUGGAGCGAGAGAAGACACUCAGUAGAGCACAGCACAACCAGAAUGACAUCUAAUGCAUCUAAUGUACCUUCUAAGGACCAAACUAAGUUUUCACCUUCCAAACUCACCAGCUUUACAUCUUCUAAUUUGAAUGAUUCUGCACAUGCUGAGGAAAAUGUUAUGCACCUUUCCAAAGAAGUCCAAUCUCCACCAGCCAAAAAACGCAAAAGAAUCAACAGUUCACUAAAGCAAACAAAACGUUCUGCAUCCGACGUGGAAGGAUCCUGUUCACUUAAAGAACGUGUCUCUGCCCCAUGCAAAGAAAGUCAGAAUCUGUUGCCUGAACACAAAGAAUCACCUGACACCACAGAGGAUGACUUGAAUCCAGUUAAAGAAAGCCACUCCCCGAGGCCUACGUUUGUCAGCUUAAUCACUGCCACACACACUUCAUCAAAAGAUAAGCAGCCAAGUGGCUUUCUCAGAACGGAAUACCAAGACUCCGAAAGUGAUGCAGUUCCCGCUCAGAAAUGUACUAGCAAAAAUGAAGCACAGGAAUGUGCAGAGGAAGAGGUAGAUAUUGAUCAGGAGAGCGAAGAGGAAGUAGAGCCUCUACACCAGAAUGGAGAAGUGGUAGAUGAAGGGGGCGGAGCCAGACAAAGCGUCCUUUGCCUGUCCACAGGGGCAUCUGAGUGUCAGUUGCCUGAUGGAAAAGUCACACCCAAAUCCAGUGAAACGGCAGGAUCUGCAGAUGAGCCGCUCCUUGAUUCGGAGUUUGUGGAAGUCAGACGGGCCUCUAAACCACAAACAAUUGAACCGAUUGUUCUUUCCAGUGAGGAGGAAGAGGAUGAGGAGGUUGGUGGGACAUCACAUCCCCAAGCACCAGAGGGAGACAAAGAACUAGCUAUGGAGAGGAAAAAGAUCCCAGAUGCACAUAUUCAGCCCUGUGAUUUGAACAGCCAGGAUUCCAUCUUUGAGGCCUCUGCAUUAAGUGGUUGUCCGAUGGAGCUUCAGUUCUCUGCUCUCUACAUGGGAAGUCUCAGUGCUGUGACUAAUGGCCUUGUAAAGAUCACAGAUGAUAAGAUCACCAUUUCAUUUAAAGAUGCUUCAGGCUCUGAGGUAAAAGCUUCCCUGGCGACAGCACAUGUACUCAAGUACAGUGUGUGGGAUGGGCAUUUGGUGCGGGACAGUCAUUUAGCUAAAGAAAAUGAAGUGCCGCCUUCAUCUGUCCUUGUCUUAUGGCUGGCUGAAGUUCAAGCACGACACCUGUCCGGCGACUUGUUUGUCUUUCAGCCAGGGACACACCCAUGUGAGGGUAGCACAUGUGUCAUGCUCUGUGUGUGUGAACCCUUGAAUGGAGUACAGGGUGCUUUGCUGGCCUCUAUAAUGGAUUUAGUAGGUCUCCGACAUGGAAAUACUGAGCUUCUGUCCUCGCUAACACACCCUGACUGUCUGAAGAUUCUGCAGAACAGCGGAGACUCACACAUCCUCCAACUGCUGCUUCCUAGGACAGUCACACAUGCUGUCUCGCGUGAGUCCGGGACUGCACCAGCACCAGCUAGCACAACUACAACCUCGACUAAGGUCCAGGAUUCCGAUGGUCAGCCAAACUCCAGCGUCUACACCUUGUGUCAAAGCAGAGGUCCGGGUGCUUACAGUGUGUCCUUGGUGCAUAAACCCGGAACAGAUUGGACUCCAUACCGGCACUGUGGUCCUGCACGAAGGUUGAUCCAGUUUCCUCCACCACCGUCCAAAGGAGCCAUAACUGUGACAACUGAGGACCUGGAGUGCUUAGAUAGCGGAGAGUUCCUCAACGAUGUCAUCAUCGAUUUCUACCUCAAGUAUCUGCUGGUACAGAAGGCACCUCGUGCGUCAGUGAGCAGAUGUCACAUUUUUAGUAGCUUCUUUUACAAGCAGCUCACACGGCGUGACAACGCUAAUGAAGACAGCACCAGCACACCAGCCCAGCUCAGGAGGCACCAGCGGGUAAGGACAUGGACACGUCAUGUGGACAUAUUCGAGAAGGACUUCCUGUUUGUGCCUGUCAAUCAAGAAGCUCACUGGUACCUAGUAGUUGUGUGUUUCCCCGGACUGGAUGAGCCACAGUACGUGGAUAGAGCAGGCCAUGUCUCAGAUCAUGAUGGGACUGAAAACUCCAGUGAUUCCAACGUUCAGAGUGAAUCUCAGCAUGGUGAUGGAGACACAAAUUCAGAUGAAAACUCUUCAAGGUCUGUUUCUGCUCCUGGUCCACCAACCUGCACAGAAAAUACCUGUCAACGACAGACUGUCUGUAAGAGACCCUGCAUUCUCAUUAUGGACUCUCUGAAGCUGUCUGUUCACGAGCGCAUCUUCAAGCUCCUGCGAGAGUAUCUGCAGGCGGAGUGGGAGGUAAAAAGAGGCGGACAUCGAGACUUUAGUGCAGAGUGGAUGGUGGGAUCCCACUGCAGAGUUCCCCUGCAGGACAACAGUAGUGACUGUGGUCUUUAUUUACUGCAGUAUGCGGAAAGCUUUUUACAGGAUCCUGUAGUGCACUUUGACCUUCCACUGAAGCUGGAGUCUUGGUUUCCACGACAGAAAGUACGUAAGAAGCGUGAGGAGAUUCGAGAUCUUGUGCUGCACCUGUACCGAUUUCAGCAAGGCUCUCUGGGAAACUACAGCUCAGAUGAUGGAAAAGAAAUAGGAAUAUAAAAUAGUAACAUGGAGCAUUAAGGACAAUUAUGUUUUUUUAUUUUAUUUAUCACAAAUCAUUUCAUUUUUUAGGCCUUCUGUGUUUUUAUGCUUUUGUACACCUGAGUGGCAAAACCGUAAUAAAUUUUACAUCAUGA